CCUUCCUUCCCUCCUUUUCUCUCUUUUCCCCAUUGUUCUCUUUUUCCCUCGCAAACACACGCCCUCCCUCUCCUCUUUUUUCACGCUGCCUUCUCCCCCAAAUAGCCGACCACAACUCCUCUGCUUCACAAGUUCUAGAAACUUCAGAGCUCCCAAAAAAAAAAAAAUGGAGUUCGAGAAACGGAAAGAAGCGACGCUAGCGUCACUGGAUUCGACGGCGACGGACAAAUCACCGAAGGGCACGCUGGAUACCCCGAUAAUCCCCCUCAUCAACGCCAUCAACGCCCACCCUUCGUACUUCACCACCAGUUCCUGCUCCGGCCGUAUCUCUAUCCUCUCCCAACCCACCCCCACCGCCUUCUCCACAAAUCCCAAGAAAAAAGCCUCCGGCGGUUCCUGGCUCUUCAUCACCCACGACCGGGCCGAUCCCGAUACGGUCCUUAACCUCCUCUUCCCUUCUGAGUCAUCUCAGUGCGACCACCCGUCGGACCUCGUCUUCAGGUUCGAGCCCUUCAUCCUCGCCGUCGAGUGUAGGGACCUCGCCGCGGCUCAGUCCUUGGUUUCCAUAGCGAUUGCUGCGGGAUUCAGAGAAUCCGGCAUUACUAGCGCCGGCAAGAGGGUGAUUAUCGCGAUCCGGUGCUCGAUACGGUUGGAGAUUCCGCUGGGAAGAGAGCGGAAUGUGAUGGUGUCGCCGGAGUACGUCCGGUACGUCGUAGCGAUCGCGAAUGAGAAAAUGGAGGCGAAUCGGAAGAGAACCGAAGGGUUUUUCCAAGCAUUGCGGAACAAUGGCUUUGCGUCGAUGGAUAAGCCGGUUGAGUGUGGGAAUGGUUCGGUUUGCGGUGGCGAUUCUGCGGAAUUGGAUGGAAAAGACGAGGGUUUCCAUUCUGGAUUCGUUCAAGUUCCCAGUUCUAGUAUGCCUGUUGUUAAGAUGGAAAUUGUUGGUGAACCAAUUGAAAAGCUUUUUCUUUGGGGUCACUCGGCUUGUAAAUUGGGUAGCUCAAACCAGAAAGGAGUUCUUGUUUUUGGUGGAUUUGGUGGCAUGGGAAGACAUGGAAGAAGAAACGAUUGUUUGUUGCUUGAUACAUGGUCUGGCACACUGAAGGAAAUUGUCACAGAUCAUGGCCCUUCUCCACGCUUGGGUCAUACGUCAUCUUUGGUUGGAGAUAGCAUGUUUGUUAUUGGAGGCAGGGCUGGUCCUGUGGAUAUUCUGAGUGAUGUCUGGGUCCUCAAUACAGUUGAAAAUGAAUGGAGGUUUCUAGAGUGCUCUGGUGAUUUUCCUCCUAGGCAUCGACAUGUUGCUGCAGUUAUAGGCCCAAAAAUAUAUGUUUUUGGUGGACUAAACAAUGAUACUGUUUCAUCGUCCUUCCAUGUCCUUGAUACAAUUAAUAUGGAGUGGAAAGAGUUAGUCGUUGGUGGGGAGCAACCAUGUGCCCGUCAUUCUCACUCUAUGGUGGCGUGUGGAUCUCAACUAUUCAUGUUUGGAGGAUACAAUGGUGAGAAAGCACUCGGAGAUUUAUAUAGUUUUGAUAUAGAAACUUGUCAAUGGAAAAGGGAAGAGGUAGAAGGAAGAAGUCCACAUGCAAGGUUUUCUCACUCGAUGUUUGUUUACAAAAACUAUAUUGGUGUUAUUGGUGGUUGUCCAGUUCAACAACAUUUUCAGGAGUUAUCGGUGUUUGAUUUGCGUGUUCGUAUGUGGAGGCAUAUUAAGCUCGAUUCUGCUGAUAAAGAUUUGAUUCUGCGUAGCACAGCUAAUGUUGUUGGUGAUAAUCUUGUUAUGAUUGGUGGUGGGGCAUCUUGCUAUGCGUUUGGAACGAAGUUUAGUGAGCCAAUGAAAAUAAACUUACUUCCCCUGACUACUUUGGAUGCUAAUCUUAGAUCUGCUGAAACUGGAGGAAGGCAUAUUACAAAGACAUGUGAAGGGGAAAAGAAAGAGAAUGGUGGAGAAAAUGAACAUCUUCAAGCUUUAACUAGAGAUCCUGGGACGGAUUUUGAGAGUGAUUUAUUAUGUGAAUUAAAUGACAGAGAUCAGCAGCUUGCUUCCUCAUAUUGGGUUUUACAGUUGGAAAGAAAAUAUGCCAAAACAGGGAAGGAUAUAUUGAAGAAGUUUGGAUGGCUAGAUCUGGCAAGGAAGGUUGACUCUCGUGAAGAUGGAUUACAUAUUUGUUUUCCCGUCAAUGAUAAUUUCUGCAAUGCAUUUCAUGCUUUUGGGGACUCAUUUGAAAGAAAAAAUGGCCAUUUACUUAAACCAGCUAAAGCAGAAGAGUCGGUUUUCAAUGAUGUCACAAGUUUGAAAGCCUUGAACAUUCUGAAUGAAUGUGGUGCUGUUAAGGUUGUCGAUGAGGUUGUUCAAGUAAGAAAAGCUUCCAAAUCUCCCUUUCAAAUAAUGAAUGAAGCUGUAGCCGCUCUAAUCAAGGAUAAAGGCUUACCUAUCACGCUUCUAGAGGAGCUACCCACAAGAUGGGAGCGACUUGGGGAUAUCAUUGUGCUUCCAAUAUCAUCUUUCAAGAAUCCAUUAUGGAACUCCAUUGAGAAGGAGCUUUGGCCUAUUAUUGCUAAAUCCCUUAAUACACGCCGCCUUGCUCGUCAGGGACGAGUUGCACAAACAGGUACGAGGGAUAGUACCUUAGAGAUUCUUGUGGGAGAGAGUGGCUGGGUUGAUCAUCGUGAAAAUGGAAUUAUCUAUUCUUUUGACGCUACCAAGUGCAUGUUCUCUUGGGGCAACCUUUCUGAGAAGCGACGCAUGGCCCAAUUGGACUGCAAAAAUGAGGUUCUUGUGGAUUUGUUUGCUGGAAUUGGAUACUUUGUGCUGCCAUUUCUUGUCGGGGCCAAGGCAAAACUAGUUUAUGCUUGUGAAUGGAAUCCCCAUGCUGUCGAGGCACUUAAACGAAAUCUACAAUCAAAUUCAGUAGCUGAUCGCUGUAUCAUACUUGAGGGAGACAGCAGAGUUACAGCCCCUAAGAGAGUGUCUGACCGAGUUUGUCUCGGUCUUCUUCCAACAAGCGAAGGUAGUUGGAUUACUGCUGUACGGGCAUUAAGGAGUGAGGGUGGGAUGUUACACAUUCAUGGGAAUGUGAAGGACUCAGAGGAAGGUUCAUGGGUUGAACAUGUGUCAAACUCAAUAAGUGAGAUUGCUAAAUCUGAAGGUCUUUGCUGGGAAGUCUCUGUGGAACAUUUGGAGCGAGUGAAAUGGUAUGCUCCACACAUCCGUCAUCUUGUUGCCGAUGUAAGAUGCAUUCAGGCGCAUAAAUUAUAGUUUGUGCACGUUAUCUCUGUUGAGGGAAACAAAUUAUUCAUGCUCACACUUCCAAGGGGUCCCCAAGUGACACAUUUAUCAGACUAGGGUAGAUUAGAUUCCUAGGCUUGAUAUAAAUUAUCAAAGAACCGAAUUAGGAAAUUGGUGAGUGAGGUCAAUAAAUCUCCUUUUUUGUCUCUAGUGUAGUUUUGGCUUGAGCUGAAAACAAUUCCUUCAUAACUUCAUAUGGCUGCUCUUCUCUUUUGAGCUCUGUUUGAUAUACAUCUCCAUCCAUUUCGGCCCGAUAUGUAUGCAUUCAUAAGUUACAAACAUGGUAGUUGAGAUCGAAAAGCAAGGAAUAUUCAACACAAAAGUUCGAAUUCCUGUGAAGUUCUGCUUUCAGCUUCCACGAGUUGCUCGACUCAGGCUUCUGUGAGCCGUGAACCGGGGCCAAAUCCGUCUUCAGUUCUUUGUAGGUUAUUUUGACACACUUCUCAGAAAUGCAUGUUAAGUGAGCAUUGCUUUGAGGCCUUUAAUUUCCUCCUUAUGUAGACUCUCUGCAAUGACCUAAGAAUGCAAUCAUCGUGACUAAUGGGUUUCUAAAUAAAGGGAAAGCAAAUAUUAUCUGGA